CCCCAAAUAUAUUAUGUCCUACAAAACCCUAACACACAAAAUAACACAGCACGCUCUGUCUCUGUGUGUGUGUCUCUCUCUCUCGCUAUCGCUUUCUUUUUUCAAGCUCUCUCUGUACAACGAUGGCAACACAUUCGUUGGACGAAGAAACUGCGAAGAAAGUUCUCCGACAGGUUGAGUUUUACUUCAGUGAUAGCAAUCUUCCAAGGGACAAUUUUCUCAAGAAAACCAUCAGUGAGAGCGAAGAUGGAUUGGUGGAUUUGGCAUUGAUAUGUUCGUUUUCUCGGAUGAGAGGUCAUCUCAAUUUGGGGAACAUGAAGCCUGAUGAGGUCCCUGAAGAUACUGUUAAGGCGGUUGCCGAAACUCUUAAAACUUCUACUUGUCUAAAACUUUCUGAAGAUGGGAAAAAGGUGGGUAGGACUACAGAACUUCUAAAGCCAGAAGACGUAAUAGAGCAGUUAGACAUAAAAACAAUAGCUGCAUCACCUUUUGAGUACAACGUGACUCGUGAAGUUUUGGAGACAUUUUUUAAUGAAUUUGCCAAGGUUAAUAGUGUGAGGUUGCCUCGUCAUGUUGGAGAUAAGAAGUUCUUUUGUGGCACUGCUUUGAUCGAAUUUUCUACAGAGGAGGAUGCUGAAAAGGUUUUGAAGCAAAGUUUGGUUUAUGCGGGUGUGACACUAGAACUAAAACCCAAGAGGGAUUUUGAUGUCGAGAGAGCUAGAGAGGCGGAGGAAUAUGAGAAGUCUCGUUCCCUUGGGGUUUCAAAUCGUAAGAAUAAUUCAAAUGCAGAAGCAAACUACCCAAAAGGCUUAAUUGUUGCAUUUACAUUGAAGAGCAAGUCAAAUCGUGGCUCCACAGAAAAAAUUGAUACUAAUGACACAGCCAAUGAUGGUAAAAUUAUUAGCAAAACAGAUGGAGGAUUAGAUUCCUCAGAAAAUGUGAAUACAGAAACUGAAAAGAUGGUUGCAGAUGAUGUUAGCACAGAUGAAAAAACCCCUGGAGAGAAUAUUGAGAAGGAUGACAAAGAAAAUGUUGAUGAGAACAAUGGUUUGGGAAGUGAAGAAAAAGAAACUGAAGACGUAGAGGAUUCUCCUGAAGCAGGUGGUGAUAAAGAAGAGAAAUCUGCUGCUUCUGUCUACAAGGAUGACAUGAACGUUGUUUUGCGUGAGGAUCUGAAGGUCAUCUUUCAAAAGUUUGGCAAAGUCAAGUUCAUUGAUUUCAAGAUUGGAGAAGAGUCGGGAUACAUUCGGUUUGAGCAACCUGAAUCAGCUCAGAAAGCUCGUGCUGCCGCUGUCCUUGCUGAACAAGGGGGUCUCCCUGUGAAGAAUUUCAUUGCCACCCUAGAACCAGUAAUUGGUGAUGAUGAAAAGGAGUACUGGAGCUUUCUCCGUAAUAAUCAAGAUAGGCGCCGGGAUAACAAGGGCAACCGAGGAAGGGGAGGAAGAUACAAUAAUAGAGGUGGGAAACAUGGCCGCUCUAGAGAAAACGACUCUGGAACAGGUCGGCCAAAUAAAGCUCAGAAAGUUGGAGCUUAAUAAGAGUCAUCAGCCAUCAGUGAAGCUUAAAUCGGUUAUCGAUCAUUUUUUUCUGGACACCUUUCGACUUUUGGUGAAUAAGUACGCACUGCUUAUUGAUCACCUGGUGUCUCUUAGCUAUAUAAGUUUAUGCUUUUCAUAGUAUAAAAUGUGUUGAAUAAUUUUACUAAAUUGCCUUUUUUUUGAACGAUCCCUUCUACUAUCAAUGUACUAAACAAAUUUUGUUAUUUGGUUCUAUUUGUUACCAUUCGUAAA